GGCCCUUGGCAAGACCGUCGUGAUUGUAGGAGCCUCUUUCAUUGGGAUGGAGGUGGCAGCCAGCCUGGUUGGCAAAGCAGCCCAGCUACACGUGGUGGAGAAAGAAGAGCUGCCCUACCUGCUGACCCUGGGGGGUCAGGUGGGCACCGUGGCCAUGAAGAUGCUCCAAGCCCAGGGAGUUCGGUUCCACAUGAAGACAGAUGUGGCCCAGAUGCAGGGAGAAGAUGGGAAGGUCACCAGCGUUGUCCUUAGCAACGGCUCAGUUCUCCCUGCGGACUUGGUGGUGGUGGGCAUCGGCGUCACUCCGAAUUCCAGUUUUGUCCAGGGAAGCUCCAUCCGCCUUGACCGUGGCGGUGCCAUCCUGGUGGACCUGUUCAUGCAGACCAGCGCCCCCUCCGUCUUUGCUGCUGGGGACGUGGCCUCCUUCCCCGUGGCUCUGUUUGGUGGAAAGUCUGCGUCCAUCUAUCACUGGCAGAUCGCCCAAGCCCACGGACAUGUGGCGGCCCUGAACAUGUUGCGCAGGCAGAAGCCGCUCCACACGGUGCCCUUCUUCUGGACGAAGCUGCAGUCGAAGAGCAUCCGCUACGCAGGCUACGGGAAGGGCUACACGGAGACUCUGCCGAAAGGCGAACUGGGCCAGGAGAGGUUCCUCCUUUUCUACCUGAGGGAUGGCUGGGUGACUGCAGUGGCCAGCCUGAACUUUGACCCCCUGGUGGCCGUGGUGGCCGAGACCCUGCACUCCGGGAAACGCAUCUCCAAGCAGGAGGCAGAGUCCAUGAUGGAGGCGGAGGAGGUGCUGAAUGAAGAGCCGCCCCAAUAGACGGCCUCACCGCUUGGGGGUCACAGGCAGAAGCCCCCUUUCACCCAGCCGAAAUAA